CACAGAUUCCAAUCUGGCAACUCCUCAGACUGUUUGUAUUGUCAUUUCUUUGGGUUUUGGGGAGAGGAAAAAUAAACAUUCCUUUUCGCGGCUGAAAAAUGAAUUUUCCCGUUGUGCUGGUGGUGCACGAGGGCGGUCCAUCCGCUGAGGAAGUGAUCAAUAAUAUCCGGAAGCUUCCGGCGGAGGAAAACACCAUGGCACUGGAUCAGGAGACAAAUCCCCUGGGCUAUCGACAUCACCUGGUCACCAAGUACUACGAGACCGAUCUGCUGCUGGUGCCCAUGAAGGGGCCCCUCGAGGCGUGGCCGCAGAACUUGCUCGGCGGCGUUGAAGGCGUAUUGAUUUGCUUCGACGCGAAGAAGCGAGACUUCCUGAAGGUCAUUCCCAAGUACGCCAGCUUCCUGAAGAGUCACCAGAUCGAGUUGGGCAUUCUGCUGUGCGAUCAGCUCAGCGACGACGAGGCAGACGGAAUAACAUAUCGCGAGGCGAAGCAGUGCAGCAAAGUGCUGGACGUGAUUGAGCUGGCCAGGAGUGAUGAAGAUGAGGAGGAGGACGAUCCACACAAUCCCACAGGAUACGAGGAGUUGCAGCAGGCGCUGAGGAGUUUCCUCUGGAGCAGCGCUGAAGUCAGCAAUGUUUACCAUCGCAGCCACGGAUACGCGACAAUGGAUCCCCAGGACGACGAUGAGGAGGACCAGGAAGUACCCUCGCCCGCGAAUCCGACAAAUACGGACAUGAACGACGCAGAAAUCACCGCCGAAUUGGCAAAUUACGAGCGUCUGCUCAGCGAAGUCAUGCAAUUCCGCUCCACCACGGCGUCCUGGUCACGCAACGAGCGCCUGGCGUACGCGCAGGAGUUCGCCAGCCUGUUCGACGAGCUCCUGGGCAUCGACUCGGCGUCCGACGACGAGGAUCCGUACGCCGAGGAGCACGUGAUCGCCGUGGAGGAGCCGACGCCCGAGAAGUGAGCGAAAGCGACGCUCUUUAGGCA